AUGGCUACCUCUCGCUCGGUUGCCAGGCUGGUCGCCUACCGCCGCUCUCCCUUCAUGCCGCUGGGAUCGACCGCAAACUUCUCUUCCUCUGUGUCCCGCGCAGCAACCCCAGCGGGACCCCCUCAGCCCGGUUUCCGCCUUCCCCCUCCUCAGCGUUGGGAUCAGGGUGCCGAGUCGUCCUUGGAUAAGGCUAGCAAGUACUUCCUCAUGGCCGAGAUCUUCCGCGGCAUGUACGUGGUCCUGGAGCAGUUUUUCCGUCCACCGUCCCAUCUCCCCCGUUUCCGCGGUGAGCACGCUCUGCGUCGCUACCCCACCGGUGAGGAGCGCUGCAUUGCCUGCAAGCUCUGCGAGGCCAUCUGCCCGGCCCAAGCCAUUACCAUUGAGGCGGAAGAGCGUGAAGAUGGAAGCCGCCGAACGACCCGUUACGAUAUCGAUAUGACCAAGUGCAUCUACUGCGGUUACUGCCAGGAGAGCUGCCCCGUCGAUGCCAUUGUCGAGACUUCCAAUGCCGAGUAUGCCACCGAGACCCGCGAGGAACUCUUGUACAACAAGGAGAAGCUCCUCGCCAAUGGCGAUAAGUGGGAGCCUGAAAUUGCGGCUGCGGCUCGCGCUGAUGCCCCCUACCGAUAA